AUGCAGUGGCUGCGAUUUUCCAAAGCGCGGUUUCGGGCUUACUGGCUGGCCUCCGUGCUGUGUUGUGGCGGGGCUUUGUUCGGAUACGACUCGGGCGUCAUCGGCGGCGUCCUCACGUUCAGAUCUUUCCAAGACUCAUUCCGCUUUACCGCCAAAAAUGAAACACGAGUGAGUUCAAUCGCCGUCGGUAUCCAACAGGCUGGCGCGCUCGUCGGUUGCUUCCUAGUAUGGCCUAUAACAAACCGCUUCGGUCGACGGGUAGCCAUGAUGGCUUGCUCAUUGAUCUUUUGUAUCGGCGUGGUGCUCGAGGUCAUCGACACGCACUCUCUUCCGGCGUUCUACGUCGGCCGGGUGAUUUGUGGCCUGGGGGUGGGUGGCUCAGCAACCGUCAUUCCUAUCUACAUGUCCGAAAUGAGCCCGAAAGAGAUCCGCGGCCGCCUGGGGAGCUUCUAUCAACUAACCUUCACCAUCGGGAUCCUUGUGUCGUACUGGGUGGACUACGGCGUCAAGUUCAUGCCCGACAGCGCCUCCCAGUGGCAGGUGCCGAUCGGUCUACAGCUCGUUCCCGGUGCACUGAUGGGACUGGGCAUGCUCACACUGGAUGAAAGCGUGCGCUGGCUAUUAGCGCAGGGCAAAACGGACGAGGCCUGGCGCAGCAUCGUUUGGAUCCGCGCAAGCGACGGGGAGGCCGUGGCCGAGGAGUUUGCGGCGAUAUGCCACGGGCUCGAAGAAGAGCGACACGCAACGGCUGGCUUCCGGCUGGCCGAACUGCUUGAACGACCCAACAGGCACAGGCUGCUCAUCGCCGGUGGACUGUUCCUCUCCCAGCAAUCGACUGGCUCGACAGCACUGGCCUACUUCGGUCCACAGUUCUUCUCCAUCCUGGUCGGCCCGGGCGACAGGAACCUGUUGCUGACGGGGAUUUUCGGCGCGAUCAAGGUCGUCGCGUGCUUUUUUUUCGUGGUAUUUAUGUCCGAUCGGUUUGGGCGCAAGCCCUUGCUGGCCGGCGGUGCCGUCUUCAUGGCGGCUUGCAUGGUCGCCACGGCGGCUGUCGUCAAGACGCAUCCGCCGCAGGAUAAGGGGCCGGUAACGUCGGCGGGAAUAGCGACCGUCGCGCUGAUAUAUCUGGAUAUCAUUGCGUACAAUUUCAGCUGGGGCCCGCUGCCAUGGCCGUGUACCAGUGAGAUAUUCCCAACGCGUAUCCGUGAGCCUGGGGUCGGCUUCGGCGUCGGCACACAGUGGCUGUUCAAUUUCGUCUGGAGCUUCUCCACGCCGUACAUAAUGGCAGCUAUGCAUUGGGGAACAUUCCUACUAUUCGGCGCGUUGGACGUGCUAAUCCUGUUGUUCACGGUUUUCUGUUUGAAGGAGACAGCUAAGAAGACGCUCGAGGAGAUCAAUGUGUUGUACGAUGGCGUUGCGUCUGACCAGUCUCUCUCUAAAGCUCAAGAUGAGAGUGCUGCUUCGGAUUCAUCACCACCUCCUGAUAAGAUGCAGAUCACGUAUGAGGAAGCUACCUAUACGCGAGCUUGA